AUGAAAAUUCUCAGCACGUUGAUGAGGAAGAUAUUUAUAAACACGGAGUUCGUAAAAGUGGAGGGAGAGAAUAAAACAAAGGGAACUUCUGAAGAGUUAAAUUAUCACAAUAAUAACAUUAUUAAUAAUAAAAAUAAUAGUAUUCGUACGGAUCGUCUAAGGUCACCGGAAGGCACGUUCACCGUGCAUAAAAUAUACGGGGAUGGAAACUGUAUGUUCCGUGCGAUAAGUUUAAUUCUUUGGGAAACCGAAGAAGAACAUCGCUCUCUGCGUACUCUGGUUGUUCACCACAUCAUGGAUCACUGGCGAGAUUACGCACCGUAUGUUUUGGCCGAGUGGGGAAUAAGCCGACCCGAAGAUUAUCUCGAUUACAUGAAGCACGAGGGGGUGUUUGCCAGUGAACUUGAGUGCAUCGUCGCCACCAAAAUCUACGGCCUCGAUUUGUCUAUUUACCGCAGAGUUAACGAGGUUGAUGUCAAGCGGGUAUUUUACAACCGCGUGCAUCCCAGUCGCGGCACAGCUCGUCUUCUCUUCACCGGGCGCUCCGACAGCGGGCACUACGACGUCCUUUAUCUUGAUCCAUAA